UCUCAAGAAAAAAAAAAGCAGCCAGAUGAAUCAACCGAGUGGUAUAAUAAGGAGAUGAGAUAGGAGUAGGACAGCACUGUCCAUCCAUCCAUUCAUCCAUCCAUCUCUCUCAUCCCCAGGCAGCAAGCAGCAGCCUCCAUUCCGAUCCGUUCCGUUCUUCUUCUUCUUCUUCUUCUUCUCCUAACGUGGAAGAAGUGUGGAGCUUUGCGCUGCUUGCCUUUCUUCCAUUUUCCCCCAUCCCAAGACGAAGCAAGAAACCAGGUGCAAGAACAACCCACGGCACGAAGCUCGGUGCGAGAGAGAGAGAGAGAGAGAGAGAGAGAGAGAGAGAGAGAGAGUGACAAAUUUUCACUCCAAUUCGUCUCUUUUCUUUCUUCUCCGUUUGUGAUUCUUGGGGGUUGUGGUUGGCGGGUGUUUGAGUUCUUGGGUUGGUGGAUUCGCAUUUGGGGAAUUCGUUCUUGGAUCGAGUUAUUGGUGUUGCAGAGAAAAAAGGUGUUAGCUUUUUUUUGGGUGGAGGGUCCAAGCUUUGAUCUGCGUCACACAGGUGUGGUUCUUCUUAUCCGGAAGGCAUCCGAGGGGAGGAGGAGGAGGCGGAGGCCGGAUCACGGGCGGCACGUGACGAGCGGUUGGCGAUGGCGAUGGCGGGGGCGAGAAAGAGCGGCGGCGAGAGGCGGAUGCGUGCAUAAAGAAGAGGACGGGAGAUCCCCUCCGUGCGUGGAGACGAAGGAGAUCGGAAUCCGUUGCGGAGUUUGAGCGGCGGCGCAGGGGAGGGAUCGGGAAAUGGGCACCGUGGUGGAGGCGGCGGCGUUCGACACGGUGGACGGGUUGGUCGGGGAGGUGAUGCGGCUGCACCGGUCGCUGCCGGCGCGGCCGGCGGUGGAGGAGGUGGAGGCGGCGGAGGCGCUGGCGCUGGCGGCCGACCGGGAGGAGCGGGCGCGCCUCGACGCUGUCGAGCGGCUGCGCCGCCCGCCGGGCGUGCCCGACGAGCUCUUCUACAUCACGCAGGAGAUGCACCGCGCGCUCGCCGGGUUCCAGUGCCGGGAGCAGAAGCGCGACGCCGCGCGCCUGCUCGAGCUCGAGGCGAUCCACGCCCUCUUCGGCGACCUCAUCCAGCGCGCCUCCCAGUGCCUGCCCUCCACCUCCACCCGCGCCGCGCCGCGCAUCACCUCCUCAACCCCCGCCGGCGCCACCACCAGCACUGCCACUGCUGCUGCCUCCUCCUCCUCGUCGUCGUCGGCCAUGGAUGGUGUCUCGUCGAGCGUUAAUGGGUUCGCUGCGAGCAGGGCGGUGGGGACGAGCACAGGGCGCGUCUCCAUGGAUGACAGCUACGUCAGGAAGGCGAAGGCAGCAAUGUGGGAUGGUGGAGCUGUGGCGACGAAUCCUCAUUUGCCGCGAGGAGCCAUUGAAGCAAACUCCGUUGCAGUUCGAGCAGAUGGCAGUUAUGGAGAUGAUAAGGAGAAAUUGAGCCUGAUUAAGCUAGCUAGCAUGAUUGAAGUGGCUGCGAAAAAAGGUGCUCGGGAUCUCAACUUCCAAGGCAGACUCAUGGGGCAGAUUGAGUGGCUACCUGAUUCAAUUGGAAAGCUCACUGGGCUUGUUACCCUUGAUAUAUCUGAAAAUCGGUUGCUGGCUUUGCCAGAAGCAAUUGGGAAACUCCUUUCUUUGACCAAGCUGGAUCUUCAUGCUAAUCGAAUCACUCAACUCCCAGAAUCGAUUGGGGAUCUCCGCAGCUUGGUUUACCUCAAUAUGAGGGGUAAUCAGCUUGCAUCUUUGCCCUCUAGCCUUGGCAGGCUGUUAAAUCUUGAGGAGCUUGAUGUGGGUGCAAAUGGGCUUUCCUCACUCCCUGAUUCAAUUGGAAGCCUUGCAAGACUGAAGAGGCUAAUCGUCGAGACAAACAACCUUGAUGAGUUGCCUUACACCAUUGGCCAUUGUGUUUCACUGGUUGAACUACAGGCAGGCUAUAAUCACCUGAAGGCUCUUCCUGAGGCUGUUGGAAAGCUAGAGUCUCUAGAGGUACUGUCUGUGAGAUAUAACAAUCUCAGGAGCCUUCCAACUACAAUGGCAUCUCUCACUAAACUGAAGGAGGUUGAUGUUAGCUUCAACGAGCUUGAGUCGAUUCCUGAGAACUUCUGCUUUGUUACCUCUCUCAUUAAACUGAACGUUGGGAACAAUUUUGCUGACCUACAAUAUCUGCCUCGCUCUAUUGGCAACCUUGAGAUGCUGGAAGAGUUGGAUAUGAGCAACAAUCAGAUUAGGGUUCUUCCAGAUUCUUUUGGGAACCUGAAGCAUCUGCGUGUGCUCCGUGCAGAAGAGAACCCUUUACAAAUGCCACCAAGGGAGAUAGCUCUAAAAGGGGCUCAGGCUGUCGUUGAAUACAUGUCUGAUGCUGCCAACAAAACUACGAAGUCAGAGCCAAUCAAGGCAAAGAAGACAUGGGUUCAGUUUUGCUUUUUCUCCAGGCCUAACAAAAGAAAGCAUGACCGGAUAGACAACGGGAGAUGAUUGAUGGAGGCUAGGAUACAAGAUGUCACAUAGCUUAACCUUGUGCUCAUGACUUGGAGCUUCUUAAGGUCAUCCUUCGCAAUAUGGUGGUUUAGCUCUGUUAGUGUGUUCUCUUUUGAGUUCUUACUGUUUUGUGUAUUCUGGAUUUUGGUUCUUGCAACUUGUAUUUGAGUGUACCAUCUAGCCGGCCGCAGUUAGAAAGCACAACAUUUUGCUUAUGUUGUUUCAUUUUCAUAUGAUUUUUUUUUGUAAGAAAUGGUGUCUUAUCUUUCUUGAAAAGAAUGGAGAAUUCAAAGACUCCUGUUGGCUAAUUGAACAAUGCAACUAUGCAAAGCGUGCGUUGUCCUAUAAAAUAGAAAGAAUAAAGGUUU